CACAGCUCGUGCGGAAGAUGGCGGAGCGCCUCGAAGUGGCUUAAAGGAAAUCGCUGUGUGUUUUGGAACUGGACGCGUUUAAACCCGUGACACAUGGAGGUGCAGAUAGAUGACGCCUUGCUGCUGUCCUGAAGGAAGCACUGUCAGGAAGAUGUACAGGACUGGCAGUUUUUUUGUACACACCAUCCUUUAUAGAUAUCGAGGUGGCCUUGCUGAAGCCGUAGAUGCCCUCCGUGUCUGGGUCUUUAAUCAGAGCUGCCACAUUGCCACUCAGAGGAUGUGAGGUGGAACGGAGUGGAUGUCAUCAUUCUCCACUGCUGCAAAGGUGCUGAUAUGCGUUGAAGAUGAGUGGACCAGUGGAGAACUCUCUGGAGCAAUUGGGCUACGACCGGAAACGUAAACUCUCCACUUGUGACACACCAGGAUUAGGGUGUGAUAAGCGUCGGAGAGAGCAGGAGUGUAAAUACAUCGAGGAGCUCGCUGAGCUGAUCUCAGCUAACCUCAGCGACAUCGAUAACUUCAACGUCAAACCAGACAAAUGCGCCAUCCUUAAAGAGACAGUACGCCAGAUACGACAGAUUAAAGAGCAAGGAAAGGGUUCAUGUGGCGAUGACGAUGUCCAAAAGGCAGACGUGUCCUCUACGGGUCAAGGGGUCAUCGACAAGGAUCAUCUGGGCCCUCUGCUGUUGCAGGCGUUGGAUGGCUUCUUGUUUGUCGUGAACCGAGAGGGAAACAUCGUGUUUGUGUCUGAUAACGUGACUCAGUAUCUGCAGUACAAGCAGGAGGAGCUGAUCAACACCAGUGUCUAUAACAUCCUGCAUCAGGAGGACCGUGAGGAGCUGCAGAAAAACCUGCCCAAAGCCAGUGGCGCGAAUGGUGUUUCAUGGACUGGAGAUUCCUCGCGUCAGAAAAGCCACACCUUUAACUGUCGGAUGCUGGUGAAGUUUGGCCACGUAGGCCCUGGAGUGGAGGAUGGCACAGGAAGGCCGCGUUAUGAGACCAUGCAAUGUUUUGCGCUUACCCAGCCUAAAGCCAUGAUGGAGGAGGGCGAAGAUCUGCAGUCUUGUAUGAUCUGCGUGGCACGGAGAGUCACCGCAGUGGAGCGUACGGAGAGAUUCAGCACCAGGCACGAGCUCUCAGGAAAACUGAUCGAAAUCGAGCAACAAAGCUCCUUACACACCACUAUGCGUCCUGGCUGGGAGGAUCUGGUGCGCAGGUGUUUGCAGAUGUUCCUGCAUCACAGUGAAGGCCAGCCCUGGUCCUGCAAACGACACUACCAGGAGGCUUGCAUACGUGGUCGAGCAGAGACUCCACUGUACCACUUUUCCCUUUCUGAUGGAACUCCGGUGACUGCGCAGACACGCAGCGAGCUCUGCCGAAACCCAAAUACCAACGAUCCUCACAGCUACCUCUCCACUCACCUACUGCAGAGGGAACAUAAUGGUUACAGGCCAAACCAGGGAGGUGUAAUGCGUUCCCAAGGAAUGGGUGGUGCCAACCAUAAUUCACAAAUGAACAUGACUGCUGGUGGGCAGAUGGGCAUGGGCAAUGCCAGAGGCUAUGGCAUGAAUGACUCAGGGCAUAUGGGACCCAGAGGAGGCCCCAUGUAUGGCCCUGGGAACAGACUGAAUCAUAUGAACUCAAUGCACCAGAUGAAUCAAAUGAACCAGAUGCAUGCAAUGAACCAGAUGAAUGCAAUGAACCAGAUGAAUCAAAUGGGUUCAAUGAAUCAGAUGAACCAGAUGAAUCAGAUGAAUCAGCUUAACCAUAUGAGUCAGAUGAACCAGAUGGGGCAUCCUGGAAUGAAUCAGCACCCACAGCACUUCCAUAGUGGAGGGUUUGGCCUGGGCAUGACAAGUCCAUCCCAUGGAAGCCCAGUUAUCAACCCGGCUCAGCAGAGCAUCAUGGGAUCUCCACGGAUACGUGGAAGCCCCAAGAUGGGAGCCAGCCCCUUCUCUCCAGGAGGUAUGCACUCUCCUAUGGGGCCUGUUGGAAUAACUGGCAGUGGUGGCUCCUCUGGUGGCAGCACUUUCUCAAGCAGCUCCCUCAAUGCCCUACAAGCCAUCAGUGAGGGAGUAGGCUCCUCCCUCCCCUCUACUCUCACCUCCCCUUCUCACAAAUCAGACAGCUCUCCCAGUAUCAACUCGACUCAACCUGGACAAGCAAUCCAGUCUGGAGCCAAUAAAGGGCCUAACACGGGUGAAACGAAGAGCCCUGCUAGCACUCCUAGCACAGGGACGGACCAGCAAUAUGCAAACGCAUCAGAAACCUUGACAGAUAAGCCAGACAGUCAGUGUAACAAAGAUGGCCAGAGUGGAGCUGAUGUGCAGCGGAAGGUUCCAGAAGGAAAGGGCCAUAAGAAGCUACUCCAGCUGCUUACAUCUCCAACAGAAGAGCUUGCCCUGGGCUCAGGAAGUGGCGUGCCCCCUCCUGGACGUGCUUCCACUCCCAUUGGUGCUGACUCAAAAGAUGGUGCAGGUUGCAUGACAAGCCCAUCUUCCACUGGUGUAUCCUCAUCAUCAUCUGCUUCAUCAGGAGGUGCAACAGUGCAGCAUGGUUCAGGAUGCGCAUCAUCUACAGGCUGCAUGGGUGGCCAUCUCUCGUCUCAUUCGCUGCAGGAGAAACACAAGAUCCUCCACAAGCUCCUGCAGAACGGCAACACGCCUGACGAGGUGGCACGCAUCACAGCCGAGGCCACGGGGAAGGUAAGCCUUGGUUCCGAGCACCAGGGCUCAGAAGGCGUAGGGUUGGAGGUCAAGCAGGAACAGCAUAGUCCAAAGAAGCCGAACGCUCUGCUCCACUAUCUCCUGAACAAGGAUGAUACCAAGGAAUCUGGCAUUGAGGGCAAACCAGGACUGGAUGAGCUGGAGAGUCAUGGGGUUGGCGCAGUAGGAGUCACAACCACGGACUCCAGCAGCCAGGAUAGUAAGGUCAAGAUCGAGCCUCCUGAUGAGUUGCAAAGCCUGGAGAGCAUUCUAGGAGGCUUGAAACCUGGUUCUGCGAUGUUUGAUUCUGGGAGCACAGAUGGAGAAAAUAAGAAAGGGAAUGGCUCCAACAAUGCUGCACAUGAUCGUGAGGGUGUAGGGAUGGGUCCUGGGCCUCGAGUGCCCUUCCAGAGAGCAAUGUCUGUGGACAGUAAACCAUUUAGUGGGGCAAGAGGGACGGGCAGGAGAAGUGCCCCGUCCUCUCUCAUUAAACAGGAGAGCUUGGACAGCCACAUAGGCAUGGGAGGUCCUAACAGGCAAAUGGGCAUGAAUCAGAUGCCACCGAUGAUGGGACCAGGUGAUUGGAGGAUGCCAGGUUCUGGGGGUAGUCCAGGAGGCUCUAACGGGCACCCCGGUAUGGGUUGUCCAGGCAUGGAUCCAAGUCCCAAGGGAAUGAUGGGAGGAGGACCUAUGAUCAACAGGUCAAACAGUGUACCGACACCCAGAUCCAUACUCCAUCAGCAAUUAAUGGAUAUGGGUCAAAAUGAUAUCGGGAUGAACGCAUUCAGAGGGCCGCCACAUCCUCCUCAGUCUCCAUCAUGGCCAGAAUGUGGCAUGGGCAUGGAGGGCGCUCCUAAUGCAAGCAGUUUGCCGUUCGGCAACCCACUGGAUGAUCUGCUUGUUCCUCCAUCCACCACUGAAGGGCAGAGUGACGAGCGAGCUCUGCUUGACCAACUCGACUCUCUCCUCAGCAACCCAGACAACCUGGGCCUGGAGGAGAUUGACCGAGCACUUGGGAUCCCAGACCUUGUUGGCCAGGGCCAAAGCCCAGAGCAACCAGCAACUCCUACAGACGCUUUCCCUGGCCCAUCUCCUGAUUCAUCAAUGAAUAUGGAUCCUAAGGUCAUGUAUGGAGCAGGUUAUCCUGGUCCACCACCUAUGGGCAUGCAGGGGGGCUAUGGGCCUGGACCCGGUCCUGGUCCUAAUCCUGGUCCUGGUCCUAAUCCUGGUCCUAAUUCUGGUCCUGGUCCUGGCCCAGGCCCCAUGCAGGGCCAUCCGGGACCGGGAUUUAACCCAAUGAUGCAGCAGAUGAGUGGGAUGGUGAGCAUGAACCCUCGUGCUGCCAUGAUGCGUCCACGUAUGAUGAACGCUAAGCAGCCACUCAGACUGCACAUUCAGCAGAGGCUUCAGGGACAGCAGUUUAUGAACCAGAGCAGACAGGGUAUGGCGAUGAAAAUGGAGAACGCACCAGGUGCAAACCCUGGAGUGAGGCCUGGCAUGCAGCCUGGCAUGCAGCCUGGCAUGCAGCCUGGGAUGCAGCCUGGCAUGCAACCUGGCAUGGGAGGACAGCCUAGUUUUCUGAAUGCUCAGAUGUUGGCUCAGCGUAAUCGAGAGAUGAUGACGCAGAUGAGAAGACAGCGGAUGAUGAUUAUGAUGCAACAGCAACAGCAGGCCGCAGCUGGAGGCUUCAGCCCCCCUCCUAAUGUCACUGCUCCCACUGGCAUGGACAACCCCAUGGGAGGAACAGCCAUGAACCAGCCUGGCCAACAGCCAUUUAACUAUGGAGGAAACUAUGCUAUGGGCCAGCAGGGUGACCCCUCGUUCAUGACCACCGGCAACAGUCCACCUAAUAUGAUGGCUGGACGUAUGGGGGGCCCACAGAAUCCCAUGAUGCAACAGCACCCUCAGAGCGGGCCCAUGUACCAGUCAGCAGAUAUGAAGGGAUGGGGGCAGGGCAACAUGCCUAUAAAUAAUUCUUACCCUCAGCAGCAGCAGCAGUUCUCCCAGCAGGGCGCACCAGCGCAGUAUGGGGGCAUGAUGAUGAAUGGAGCUAUGCAGGGAGGAGUGAACGGGCCAGGACAGAUGAUGCCGAUGCAAGGGCAGAUGGGAAUGAACCCCAUGGGCAUGGGUCGCAUGCCAUUGGGUCCUGAUCAGAAGUACUGAAGCAGAGCACCGUUUCAGCGAGAGAGCAAAGCGGAGCAGAGUCAUGUCUCAGUCUGAGCGAACCCCGAGAGCAGACACACAGCACUGCCCAGCUACUGCUGGACGUGAGAAGAGGACUCAUCCAUGUCACUGUUUCACUGUGUUUUAGUACUCUCUGAAGCGUUUGCGUGUGCCCCCAGAAUAGAGUUUGAGCACAGCGCUCCGUCGAUCUGCAUCCAAUCUCGUGCUCUUAUACGAAGCUGUGUGGAGUGUAAUGCCAUACUUUACCACCAGAUGGUGGUGUUUUUCUCUCGCUGUGGAACUGCACUUUAUCACAAGGCUAAUAAGGAAAAGAAUAUCUGCAAUAUUUCUUGCUCGAUCUAGCCUUAUUUAAAGACUUUCUAUAUGUUCGGAAAAAACCUUGGUGAUGAGAUGUUUUAGCAGAAACCUUGCUUUCAGGACACACUGCUCCGAUUCCACACUAUAUGCAGCUAUGAGCAAUAAUCCUCUUCUCUAUGCCAUAUAUGUUAAAAUGGUGCACCAUUAAAACAACAAAGCAAAAGGUACUGCAGUAUUAAAUGGGCUUUGUGUUUUAUAUGUGAAUAAGAACAGACUUGUACAUGCUGUACGCUCCAAAUGUAUCAUAUGUGCCCUUAUUAUAUACUGUACAUUUUUGCACAGAUUUGGCCCAUGUGAGGUCUGGCAUAUUAUAUUUUAGGUCAAUAUUGCUUUGGGUGUUAAUUCUAUUUUAACUUUCUCAAAGGGAAAAUAUUUUUAAAAGAUUUUUAUCUUUUCUGAUCUAGCCUCGUUUUCUUUACAGUAUUGCAGUGAUGACAGCCAUUUGUUCUUGGAGGGCACUUUUUUUUCUGUGGAAAUGAAACUGAGAAAUCCGAUCUGAUCAAGCAGUUACAUUAGUUUGUUUGUGGUUUUUGUCUGUACAUUUUAUGGCGGUGGAUUUGAUUAAGAUGGUUAUUUGCUCGGCCUUUCUCUGUGAGCUCGCGGUUACUAUCGUUAAUGGCUUCACUUUUAAGCGCUGGGUCUUCAUAAAUCUACCUUUAAAAAAACUGCACAAUCCAAAGAUACAGAUAUUUCAUUGCUUUGUUGAAAUUUUAACCUUACCAGUAGUCUUUUUGUGUGAAUGAACAGAGUGCAAGGUACAUAUCAUAUAAGCUUAUCAUUAUGAUUUUGUACUACAUGCUGUACCCAACCAAUGUAAUUCUUUUAUUUCAAGGCCAGUUUGUAGAUUUUUUUUUUUAACAAGAUAUAGCAAACAGGUAACAUAUCACUCUUUUCUCUCCAAACAUUCUUAAAAUCUUUCAGCAGAAAAUCUUUGAUUUCUUUUGUCUUUUAUUUUCAAGUCGAAUAUGUUGGCUCAUGAUGAAUAUAUUUGGAGAUGAGAAAUCACGAUGUUUGGUUUGAGUCCUGGGCAAGAGUCUGAUUAAUUUAUGUGGACAAGGGAGCGAAUAAGCUGAUGUUUUACCAGAUGUAAAUCGCAAUACAAUUUAUUCUUUUCUUCGAUGUUGAUAUUGUUGUAAAUAAAAUUUAUAUUUAAACAUGA